GCCAUGAAAUCAUGAGGAAGAGGAAUCAACAUGUAGAUAUUUUCCUGAUGAUCAUACUUAUAGGUGCCUUUAUUUUUGGAACAAUUUUCAACUCACUUGCUGUAUGGGUUUUCUGCUUUAAGAUGAAGAAGUGGACUGAGACCAGAGUGUUCAUGAUGAAUCUUCUUCUUAGUGACUGCUGCCUGCUGUUUACCCUACCUUUCCGAAUUUAUACGACUCAACAACUAUGGGGUCUGGGUGACAUAUUGUGUGAUAUUCUUCGUUUUUCUUAUUUUAUGAAUACAUACAUGGGCAUCGCUAUCAUCACUUUAAUAUCUAUAGACAGAUAUGUGGCUAUAAAGUUUCCACUGAAAUCGAGAACCCUACGUUCUCCAAAGAAGGCAGCAUUGGCAUGUGGGAUUAUCUGGAUACUCUUUAUUGCAAUACGUCUCUACCUUGAGUUUGGCACAGAUGUAGCAUUCAGAGAUUCAUCCUUCUGCUUUCGAAAAGUAUCAACAAAACCACUGAAGAGAGCUUUGUUAUUUACUGUUUUUGGUUCCUGCAUUCCAAUGGUCAUACUAAUUUUCUGCUCAACUCAAAUCAUCUGGACCCUAAAGAAAAAGGAGAAAAUGAAUGUGAAUGAAGAAAAGGACAUUGAGAAAACCAUCAGCAUCGUUAAAACAAAUUUGGCAAUUUUUUUGCUUUGCUUUUUGCCCAAUAGUAUUGCAAAUAUUGCAAGGUUUAUCAUUGAAUCCAAAGGUCUCAAUUGCUCGCUUAUAAAGCUGGCUAAUGAUGCUGUCCAUAUCACGCAAGGCCUUAGUGACCUAAACUGCUGCCUAGAUAGCAUCUGCUAUUACUUUGUGGCGAAGGAAUUUUGGGAAAAAGCUUCACUGUUUUCAAGGUUUACAAAACAACUAAUCCAGGACCAUACACAAGAGUCUAGUAUGUAGAGACUCAAGGAUUGUAUCCAUACACAAGAGUCUAGUAUGAAGAGAGUAAAGGAUUGUAUCCAUACACAAGAGUCUAGUAUGAAGAGAGUAAAGGAUUGUAUCUAUACACAAGAGUCUAGUAUGUAAAGAGUAAAGAAUUGUAUCCAUACACAAGAGUCUAGUAUGAAGAGAGUAAAGGAUUGUAUCCAUACACAAGAGUCUAGUAUGAAGAGAGUAAAGGAUUGUAUCUAUACACAAGAGUCUAGUAUGUAAAGAGUAAAGAAUUGUAUCCAUACACAAGAGUCUAGUAUGAAGAGAGUAAAGGAUCGUAUGUAUACACAAGAGUCUAGUAUGAAGAGAGUAAAGGAUUGUAUCUAUACACAAGAGUCUAGUAUAUAAAGAGUAAAGAAUUGUAUCCAUACACAAGAGUCUAGUGUGAAGAGAGUAAAGGAUUGUAUCUAUACACAAGAGUUUAGUAUGUAAAGAGUUAAGAAUUGUAUCCAUACACAAGAGUCAAGUAUGUAGAGAGUAAAAAUUUGGAUCUAUACACAAGAGUCUAGUAUGUAAACAGUUAAGGAUUUUAUCCAUACAAAAGAGUCUAGUAUGUAGAGACUAAAGGAUUGUAUCCAUACACAAGAGUCUAGUAUGUAGAGAGUUAAGGAUUGUAUCCAUACAAAAGAGUCUAUUAUAUAGAGAAAAAAAAAUAUUGUGUCCAGUGUGGAUACUUGCAAAGGUGUAUAUAACCGUAACCACCAUAGAUAACAUGAUAUCUUCUUACACUGUACAUACAAUAGUAUAUUCCACACUGAUUCAUAGACUGCACCACACAAGUCAUGCAGUGAAUUAAUGCAGAAUGAUCUGACCAACACAAUAUUUCAGUAAAACUGACUGACUAGUGUAUAGGUUUAUAAUAUAUUUGAUUAAAAAAAUAGUACAUACCUAUGGCAACUCUGUUUUAAGUAGCUGCCAUAUGUAAAUGUAGUAAUUGUUAAUUUAUUAAGGUUUUUUGUUAAUUUAUUUUGCAAUGUUUUCCAUUCCAGUGUUUGUAAAUGAAAAUACAGUAGCAUCUUUUACAUCCAUACAAUGUGCACUUUGCACAUGUGGACUAAAUCCUAGGGUAGGAAGUCCAUCAAUGUUAAUAUAAUCACGUCUGUAAAAAUAUGUUUUAUAUAACUGAAUAUGUAAUAACGCUGAGCCAAUAAAACAUAA